UGAAUCGAGAAUCCGAGUAUAAGCGGCAGUAGAUCUGGUCCCACAGGCGACAGUGAUAGUAAGUACGGUGCACCGUCGCACGCGUGAUCACUAAUCGGAGCAAAAAAACAAAAAAACAAAAACAAAAAGAGAGAGCAAAGGCGAGAGGCGAAGGCAGCAGCUCUCUCUCCCAUUUCAUUCUCUCUGUGAUUUUGCUCAGGAAAUUGGGAUUAGAGCUCUCCGUUGCUCCGGAAUCAAAUCCAGUCCGUUCAUCUCAGCCAUGAUUUCCUCCGGCAAGAUCAAGUCUGUCGAUUUUUAUAGGAAAAUUCCUAGAGAUUUGACAGAAGCAUCAUUAUCGGGUGCAGGACUAUCUAUUGUAGCAGCUCUUGCCAUGAUGUUUUUAUUUGGAAUGGAACUGAAUAAUUAUUUAACCGUCAGCACCUCUACAUCUGUUAUUGUCGACAAGAGUUCUGAUGGGGAUUUCUUACGCAUUGAAUUUAAUAUCAGUUUUCCUGCACUUUCAUGUGAAUUUGCAUCUCUUGACGUGAGUGACGUGUUGGGAACAAACAGAUUGAAUAUUACGAAAACAAUUCGCAAGUUCUCCAUAGGGACAGAUUUAAGACCAACUGGCACUGAGUUCCACUCAGGACCGGCUUUACAUAAUAUUAAGCAUGGGGAUGGAGAUGAGUUUUCUGGUGAUGGCUCUAUUUCUCUAACUGCUCAGAAUUUUGAAAAGUUUACUCACCAGCACCCAAUUUUGGUGGUUAAUUUUUAUGCUCCGUGGUGCUACUGGAGCAAUCGCCUGAAACCUUCAUGGGAGAAGGCCGCCAAAAUAAUAAGAGAGAGGUAUGAUCCAGAAAUAGAUGGCCGUAUACUUAUGGCGAAGGUGGAUUGUACUGAAGAAGGUGACUUGUGUAGGAGGAAUCACAUUCAAGGAUAUCCAUCAAUUCGUAUUUUUCGUAAAGGAAGUGAUGUGAGGGAUGACCAUGGACACCAUGAGCAUGAAUCUUAUUAUGGUGAUCGAGAUACAGAUAGCCUUGUUAAGACAAUGGAAACUUUGGUUGCACCUAUCCCUGUGGAGUCUGAAAAACUCGCUUUGGAGGGUAAAUCUAACAACGGGGGUGAGAAUGCAAAAAGACCAGCACCAUUGACAGGAGGGUGUAGAAUUGAAGGAUAUGUGCGUGUAAAGAAGGUUCCGGGAAACCUUGUCAUUUCCGCUCAUUCGGGAGCUCAUUCCUUCGAUGCUUCUCAAAUGAACAUGUCUCACGUCAUUUCACAUUUUUCAUUCGGUAGGAUGAUUGCUCCUAAGGUGAUGAGUGAUGUCAAGCGAUUGGUACCUUAUCUUGGUGUGAGCCAUGAUAGGUUGAAUGGUCGGUCUUUCAUAAAUCACCAUGAAUUAGGUGCUAAUGUUACAAUAGAGCAUUACCUUCAAAUAGUUAAAUCGGAAGUCAUAACUGGGAGAUCUCAUAAAUUAAUUGAGGAAUAUGAGUACACGGCCCACAGCAGCUUGGCGCAGAGUCUCCAAAUACCAGUUGCGAAGUUCCAUUUCGAGCUCUCCCCCAUGCAGGUUUUAAUAACAGAAAACCCGAAAUCCUUUUCACAUUUUAUCACGAAUGUGUGCGCUAUUAUCGGAGGCGUUUUCACGGUAGCGGGAAUAAUGGACUCAAUUCUGCACAAUACUAUUAGAAUGAUGAGGAAGGUUGAACUCGGCAAAAACUUCUGAUAGAUAGGCCAAGUGUUGGGUAGUGUACAAGAAGAAUUAUUUAUUUGCUACAUCUGAUUUAGUGAGGAUUGUUUUGUUAACGAUGACAACAUGCUCCUCUUAGAAAGAAGAAAGUGGAAUGAAGCAUUACCAGUGCCGAUUUUUCGGUUCAAGUUUUCGAAACACGAAGCGAUUUUACAAACAUUCUAUACUUCACAACUCAUGCGAUUAUUAGUUAGAUGACUUUGUACUAAUUGUUAUGGGAUAUGUCAACGAGGGAUAGUGCAAGCACCCAUUAUACUCCUACAUACAUUUACUUAAUGCAUUCACCAUUUAAUAGUUAAUAUGUAUUCAAAGAGAUACACUCAUCAUUUAACGGUCAAAUAUGUAAUCGAAGAGAGAAUAUAAUAUCUUACCAUUA